AUGUACCACCUGUUACUUGUUAAAAUUGGUAUAACAAGACCAUUACUUGUGCAGCCGCUCAAGGAUAAAUUUAGUGUUGUCGCUUCGGACGCUGACCAUCUCGUAUCACUCAUCGAUGAGGUAUCAUACAUAUCGCCACCUUCACCAAUGCUUUCACAGUAUAAUGACAUACCACCGAGCUAUUACUGUAAUGGGGACAAUAGACCAGCAGACUGUGGUGAAAACUGCCAAUGUACUCAUAAAAUCGAUAUACCUCUUAACGCAAUUGUUGAGGUUGUGCUGGUCGAUGAAGUUCAACAGAUAAAUAUCAGUCAUCCAUUUCAUUUACACGGUACAUCUUUUUACGUACUAGGACUUGGCCGAUCACCAGAUGUGAAUAUCGAGCGUAUGAACUUAAAACAUGCUCUGGAACUAGAUCAACGCGGUUUGCUAAAAAGGCAGUACCUACAACCAUCCCUUAAGGAUACUGUUGCGGUACCAAAUAAUGGAUAUGCCGUUAUACGCUUUAAAGCAGAUAAUCCAGGAUUUUGGUUAUUUCAUUGUCAUUUCCAAUACCAUAUUGUUAUAGGAAUGAACUUGGUAUUUCAAAUCGGUACUCUUACUGAUCUGCCCCCUGUACCACCCAAUUUUCCGCGCUGUGGUAACCAUUUACCUCCCAUAAGGCCAAUAAGCUAA